GCGCAAGAUAAGCUGUGAUACUGGAAUGGAAUCAGAACAGGACCGGGGGAGAGCAGUGCAACCAAUGAGUGGAUCACCCUCAUGAAACGACUCAGGCCCUCUUCAGAGAACAUCUCUUCAAUUAAAUCUGCUAUGGAAAACACGUACACAAGGCGUAGGUCAUGGAUAUCAAAAAAGAAUCCCACAAUGGCUGAAAUUUUGGAAGAAUAUCCACGCUUUCUGGACAUGCCUAAUCUGGUAGGCCUCAUCAUUUUCCUUCUUUAGUUAAAGCAAAUGCCUGAUGUCAUUAAUAACUGUUGAUGUAUAGUUUAAAACAACUUCUCUUUUUAUUUAAGCUGGAUAUUGAGUUCGGAAGAAUGACUGAUGGCAAGACGGAGCUGUUUAUCAGACGAUGGGAAGUCAGCAUAAUUCCAAAACUGAAAUCUUUGGCUACCAUGGAAGGAGGGGAUGUUUCAUUGCGAACAGAGGGGAUGGAAGACCAAACUGAUGAUGAAAAGUGCUACACAAUGCUGGUUGUUCUCACACAUCUUCUGCCACCAUUGCCUGGGAGUCGAUGCAGCAUUAAGUCUGCAAUAUCGUUCCUGGUUGAUUUUGUACCGGCUGGGACCAGCAUUGCGUCCCUCUGCAGCAACUCUGAGGUGGCACAAGGCACCCAACCACAGUUGAUCUGCAUCGGCAAUUUGAAGAGUGCAACUCGCCAGUACAUUAUCGUUGCAAGCAAUGACGGUGUGACCAUUCCAGUAAAUGAUGGCCUGACAUGUGCAUUGGACAAGCUGUUCAAGCUCUACUGGGUUUGCAACUUGGCCUAUCCACCCCAGCUCAGCUCUGUGUUCACUUUCUUCGAAUACAUCUACGAAGUUACCAUCUCAACCAACCGGAAAGCCAAGGUACUGGAACUGAUCUCCAAGCUUCAAGCUGCACAGUAAAGCACUAUCAUGUACACAUGUCCAAAGUGUAAACAAUUGAUAUCGACACAAGUUAAGACAGUAAUUUGGCAUCUGCGUGAAGUUCAUGCCUUAUCAGAUGGACAGGGUUUCACUUUAAUUUGCAGCCAAGAAGGCUGCCCUCGGACAUAUCAGAACUUCAAUUCUUUUUCUAAACAUCUUCAUCGGGACCACCAACCCACAACAUUAAUGGACACUGUGCCAUUUCAGGCUCAUGACAGCAGAUCAUCUGCAUCAUCUGAAACUAACACUUAUAAUAUUGAGGAAACAUCAAACGUUUCAACUGUACCAUUAACACCUACUCUUUCCAGUGAUUGUGUUGCUUCUUUUGUAGCAAAAAUGUAUUCUUCUUCAAACACAACUUUGAUGGAUGUAGCAAGAAGCAUUACUUGCACACAAGAAGUACUUGAAAGAACAAUUGAAAGUCUACAACAAUCGACAACUACAUUGCUGAAUAACUUCCAAGUACCACUUCAUAGUGAGUCUGUCCAGUCAUUAAUGAGUGAAUUUGAGAGUGCUAAACAUAUGUUUAAAGAUGUUGACACACCUUUUAAAAUAAAUAAGUAUUUCUCAGAAAAUUUUGAUCUUGUGAAGCCAAAAGAAAUAUUUCUUGGUCAUAGGGCAGACACAGCAAGAAAACAGGGACAAAUGAAACAAGUGUUGGCAGCUGACACAUGUCAAUACAUUUCAGUAAUUGAUACUAUUAAAUUUUUAUUCAGUAAUGUCCAGAUGCAGAAAGAAUACUUGCAAAGUAACAAACAAUUUGAUGGUAAAAUGCACAACUACUGUGAUGGGUCACACUUUUCCUCUCACCCAUUGUUUAGCAGAUGUCCUCAAGCUCUUCAAAUACAGUUGUAUUUUGAUGAUUAAGAAACUGUAAACCCCUUGGGCUCCAAAACUAAAAUUCAUAAAAUGGGUGCUGUUUAUUUUGCCUUAAAGGAUCUGCCACCAAAACAUAAUUCGUCCCUCUCACAUAUUCAUUUAUGUCUUCUUUUUAAUUCUAUGGACAGAGACAAAUAUGGGUUUGGUAAGAUUUUGGAACCACUGCUUGAUGACGUCAAACUUCUUGAAAGAUCAGGUGUACAGGUAGAGAUCCAAGGAGAAAGUUAUCAGCUCUAUGGAACUAUCUGUGUUUUGACUGCAGACAAUUUGGCCGUCCAUUCCCUAUGUGGGUAUGUUGAGAGCUUUUCUGCAAACAAGUUCUGCCACUUCUGCCUUGUUGAUAAAAAUCUUGCGCAGACUGUUUUUGAUGAGGAUGAGCUUGAGAAACGCACUAGAGAGAAUUAUCAGCAGCAUGUCUGGCAUAAUGAUCCUAGCUCAACUGGAGUUAAAGAAGACUCCUGUUUGAAUAAACUGCAGUAUUUCCAUGUGACAGAGAACACAUGUGUCGACAUUAUGCACGAUAUUCUCGAAGGUGUAGCCCCUUUAGAGGUGAGAUUAAUGUUACACCACUUCAUUUAUGAAGAAAAGAUAUUUUCUCUUGAACUGGUUAAUCAUAGAAUCACCAGUUUUGACUAUGGAUAUGGAAAUGAAAAAAAUAAGCCAAGUGCUAUUCUCAAUCUGAGAACUUCUGACAAUGCAAUUAAACAAACAGCAUCACAAAUGUGGUGCCUUUUGCAGGUGUUGCCCUUUUUAAUCGGCAAUCUUGUUGACAGGAAAAGUCAACAUUGGCAUUUGUUUAUCCUGCUGAGGGAAAUAUGUAGCAUUGUCUUUGCACCAACUGUCACACUAGGGCUUGCUGUAUUUCUGAAACAGCUCAUUAUAGAGCACCAUGUAUUAUUUAAAAAAAUCUAUGACAGAAAUUUGAUUCCUAAACACCACUUUAUGAUUCACUAUCCAAGGAUGAUUGUUAUGUUUGGACCCAUUUCUCAACUAUGGUGUAUGAGAUUUGAGGCAAAACACAAUCCAUUAAAAAGACAUGCCCACGUGGUUGGCAACUUUAAAAAUAUUUCUAAAACACUGAGCUAUAAGCAUCAGGUUCAGCAGAUGUAUAGUUUCAAGUUAAGUGACCCUUUUUCUCAGAAAAUAGAUGUCACUAACACAUGUCUUGUUACGAUCAGCUCUUUGGAGAAAGCAGAAGUAAUACUGGACAAUCUCAGAACAAUACACCAUGACUUGACUUUAAACAGCAGUGUUUAUGUUACUCACACUGUUGGUGUGCUUGGGCAAACUUACAAAACAGGCACUGUACUGACACUUAAAGUAAACAAUAAAGGAGACCCUUUGUUUGGCGAGAUCAUCUGUAUCAUGCCACAGACCGAUACAGGAUCAGUUAUGAUAUUUGUGAAAAUCAUAACAGUAAAGUACUCUGAUGAACAUUUUUAUGCGUAUGCUGUAAAAGAAACAAACGACUAUGAAAUGAUCAGCAUGGCUGAUUUGGCACAUUAUAAGCCUUUAGACAUAAUGUUAGCUUUUAAAACAGAUGAAAUGUAUUUGAGCCCAAGAUACAAAAUGUUUUAAUUUCUUAAAACAGGAUGAACAGAUAUAUUAUUGAACAUGUUUUAAAAAGACAAUACAUUCUUAAGACCUAACAAAAUGUAUAACAGAGAAAUGAUACUUCUGCAAAUGAAACAUUUAAAUUUUCUGACACUUGAAACAAAAAGUUAUGAUUGGUGGGAUUAAAAAUGUCUAUUGUUCUCAGCAUGUAAUAAACUUAGAAAAGGUAUCAUUACUGCAAAAAGUGUUUGUUGUUUGGUU